UGUAGCUGACAUGGAGAUCAAACGGCGGAAUUCUCCUGCAUCUACAGAGUGAAUCAGGGCUGCGAAUUGCGUGCACACCAUCGACUGGGAUUGGAACUUUUUCCAUCCAACGCUCAUUGAUUCCACAGCGGGUGUGAAAUUCAGAAAAAGGCUCUGAACUCCGCAAAAACAUUAAUAACCAUUAGCAAUGGAACUUUCUCGUGAUGGAUAUUUGCAGUGGAGAAUAUAAGUGGUACACUAAUCUGUCGCCAUGAGUUUAGUUGGAGGGUUUCCCCACCACCCGGUGAUGCAUCAUGAUGGCUAUUCCUUCGCUGCUGCAGCUGCUGCCAGUCGCUGUCAUGAAGAACCCCCCUAUUUUCAUGGGUGGCUUAUCAGCCAUCCGGAGAUGUCUCCUCCAGACUACACGAUGGCACCCUCGUAUAGUCCCGAAUACUCAACAGGAGCCCCCGGGCUCGACCACUCGCACUACGGAGGAGUACCGGGCGCCGGCGCGGUUGGAAUGGGACCCCGACCAGUGAAACGCAGACCCACGGCAAACCGAAAGGAGAGGCGCAGGACUCAGAGCAUCAACAGCGCCUUUGCAGAACUCAGGGAAUGCAUUCCCAACGUGCCCGCGGAUACGAAGCUGUCCAAAAUCAAAACCCUUCGUUUGGCAACCAGUUAUAUUGCUUACCUUAUGGACAUACUGGACAAAGACGAACAGAACGGGGAAGCAGAGGCCUUCAAAGCGGAAUUCAAAAAGACAGACGCCAAAGAAGAAAGGCGAAAGAAGGAAAUGAAUGACGUUUUGAAAAGUUCAGGGAGCAGCAAUGACAAGAAAACUAAAGGGAGAACUGGUUGGCCGCAGCAUGUAUGGGCAUUGGAACUGAAACAAUGAGACUAAUGCAAAAGACACGAAAUGAGGCCCUCUGAACUCAUUUUAGUUGUUCUCUCACUUUAUUUAAUGGAAUAUUUAUGUGCAAUUUCCCGCUACGGACAGUGGAUAUUUGAGGAAAAACCAUUCCAUUUUAGAAGGAGGAUACUCUCUUGGUAAGAAAUUGUAUGUUGCUGUCUGAUAUUGGUUUAUCAUUGUUUGUUUUCUUGUCCCAUUGUGAAUCAAAAUGAGAUAUCUGCCACUAAGGAGUACGUGAAGUUCUGUCUCUUUCUGCCUCUCUAUCACUUUCAGUAUCUAUCUCUGUCUCUCUCUCUCUCUCUCUCUCUCUCUCCUUUAAUUAUGAGGAAGAUUAGUCGAUGUUAUGAUAUAGUAAAUGUUUUAUUUGAAAAUGUCAUGAAGUGUUAUAAUGUCAUUUUGUGGUCGUACAAUGCUGGUGUCUGAAACAACUGUUGAGUCCACCCAGUGCACUUCCGUCCAGAGACACAAAAUUUAAAUAAUAUUGGAGAUGUAAACAAUGUAAUUAAUUCAAUAAACCACUGUGUUUUUAACGAUCUUA